UCAGUUCAGUUUUUUCACUUUUUACAUGGUAUCAGAGCCAAAACCCUGGGCACGAUACGUUUGAUUUUUUUUCGGUGGUAAUACCGAUCGACUGACUCACGCCGGUCGUCUCCCUCGUCGGCAACUAGUGUGUGUUCGGCGAUCUCCCUGGGCGAUUCUUCUGCAGAAGCGGCACGGCGACUGAGAAUUUGUCUCGGUUUGGUCCUUUUGUGUCAAGCUUCGAAGAUCCGUCAUGACGUCUACCACAAAGAAAACCCGAUUGAUUCAUGAUCCUUCGACUGAGUAUAAUCUUCAUCCUUCCGAGGGCCCAGGUAACGCUCUCACGAAACAUGUUUUGAAAGGCGAUAAUUUUGAUACGUGGGAAAAGACUAUUGUUAAUGCCUUGAAGGGUCGUAUCAAGGCCAGUUUUUUGUCUCCUGUUGGUAUGGCUAAGCCGACAGAUCCCAUGGAACUUGAGGCUUGGGAAGCAAAUAAUUCUACGAUUUGCAGUUGGAUUUUUAACAGUGUUGAUGAAACAAUUCAACCCAGUAUUGCUUCCCAUACUGUGGUUCAUGAAUUAUGGACAGAUGUGAAAGCUCGUUAUAGCACGGUUAAUGAGCCCCAUAUCUAUCAGUUGGAAAAUGAAUUGCAAAAUCUCCAUCAGAAAGGUCAAACAGUGGUUGUGUAUUACAAUCAAUUUGUCACUAUUUGGAACAAAUUAUAUGGAAUGGAUGAUCCAACAUGUGGAUGCAAGUGUGAGGCAGCGACACAGUUGAAGGACCGGGCUGAAAAAUCAAAAACUCGAAAGUUUCUUUUGGGUUUAGAUGACGAACAGUUCGGGAGCAUACGCGGCCAAAUUCUUGGAACCCAGCCCUUGGUGGAUCUCAACAAGGCGUUCUAUUUAAUCACCCAAGAGGAACGACAUAAAAACGCUGUUCGUGCUCGAGAUGACCACACGGAUGCCAUGGCCUUUGCUACAACUCGAGCAACCUCAAACGGGGGACGUGGCCGCCAGUCGCCUAGCCGAGGGGGAGGUCGCGGCAACAGGGGCGGCCGAACAGCAGCACAGCCGACACCUACUGCCGUCAGGCAGCACGGAGGAACGGCAGGCCCGUCAGCCCAUGCAGCAGCCGAAUCAUCCUCCUCUCUCUCUGCACUAUCAUCCGAACAAGUCGCGCGUCUUUUCUCCAUGCUAGAAGCAUCCCAUUCCACUCCUGAUAAGUUGCAAGUUUUCCCGUUUGCACUGUCCACUACGCCAACCUCGUCUCCCGAGGCUUCUUCGCGUCCCACCCACGCCGACUUUCCCACCGUCCAACCAGUGUCUGCCGCCGAUCAGCCCACAUCGCCGGCAUCCGUCCCAGCAGUCUCCGGGCAGUCCCCACCUCAAACCGAUAGCGACGGUGAGUCUGCCCCGGACAGUCCACCGUCGCCUACACGCCCAACCCGUGAUCGGAGACCCCCCACCAAGCUCUCCGAUUACUAUUGCCACACUGCCCGGACAUCUACUCCCGUUGUUCCUCGCAUUGCUCCGUCUAAGUCUUCAGUUUCUUUCAACAUCCAACUAUUAUCAUUAUCAUCAUCUCAAUAAAAUUCAAAAUUUGAUUUAUUGUCAUAAUUUGUUAAAAAAUCAUGUCUUCAAGAUAAAUUUUAGUUACUAUUAUAGAGCCAAUAUAGAUUAUCAUAAACUAAUUAAUUUAUAAUUCAUGAUAAUUUUAAAUUUUUUUAAAUAUGUUAUAGUCAACGUCUUAAAAUUAUGACCAUAAAUCAUGUUUUAAAAUUUUAACCAAAAUAAAUUCUAUUUUCUUCUAUUAAGCAUUACAUAAAUUUUAAAUAUGGAU